GGCAUCGCAGAAAGAGGGGAAAAGAGUGGGCGCGGGGGGGAAGCUCUUUUUGGUUCUUGCUUCCCAUAGCCAUUCUUUUGAUCAUUGGAAAGGCCUGAUAUCUCUCCUCUUCCGCAAGAGUCAAAACCCAAACCCCUCCGAUCAAGAUCCCUGUCGCCUCCGGAGGCUCGAAUCUUGAAGGUGCGUCAGUCUCCACCUAUUAGGGUUUUAUCUCUUUGUGCUGGAGCUCGGAAGUGGAGAUCCAGGUGUUUUUCUUUGAAUUCUCAGGGCAUCUAACAAAUAUUGCACGCAAGUUUAAGCAUAUCAAAAAGAUCUGAAGUUUGCCAGAUUUAGGUACCGAUUAAAGUGUUGAAACGAAAAGUUUGACUCGAGAGUAAAGAAAUUGUGAACCAGUUCAAGGUUUUUAGUUUUAGUUUUCUAGUACUAUCAAUGCUCUGUUGGUCCAAUUCCUUCAGAUCGGAUUGAUAUAUUUUGGUUCAAUAAUCAUCAAAAAAGAAGCUGCACCAUUUAGCAGAGCAAGGUGUUAAUCUGAGUGUUGUAAACAAGAAGUUAGAUCUGGAUUCAGAAAAAAACUUCAUAUUCCAAAAUUAGCUUUGGACUCUACACUCUUAAUCUAGAUCCAGAACUCUUUUGAUACUGAUUAAGAACCCUUUGAAGGUUUCAAGUUGAUAAAGCUCGGAUUGUUAAGUUUUUGUUCUGCUCAUUUUGAUCAUGUGGAGGUUCAAGCAGUUCAUGCCAAAAGAACAAGCUGGCCUGGAAGGUCGCACAGUUGAUGUUGGCAGUCUGAAAGUCCAUGUCCGAAAUGUCAUAGCGGAAGGGGGAUUUUCCUGUGUCUACCUCGCCCGUGAUGCUGUAAACUCAUCCAAGCAAUAUGCACUGAAGCACGUGAUUUGUCAGGAUGGGGAGUCAUUGGAUCUGGUAAUGAAGGAGAUUUCAGUGAUGAAGCUGCUCAAAGGGCAUCCAAAUGUUGUCAUGCUUGUUGCGCAUGCGAUCCUGGACAUGGGUCGGACGAUGGAGGCAAUGCUUGUGAUGGAGUUCUGUGAGAAGUCAUUGGUUACAGUGCUGGAGAACAGAGGGGCAGGAUACUUUGAGGAGAAGAAGAUUCUUUUGAUUUUCCGAGAUGUUUGCAAUGCAGUGUUUGCCAUGCAUUGCCAGUCUCCACCAAUUGCACAUAGAGAUCUGAAAGCUGAAAAUGUUCUACUUGGAGCUGAUGGAGCUUGGAAAUUGUGCGACUUUGGUAGCACCUCAACCAAUCACAAGUGCUUCAACAGGCCUGAAGAGAUGGGCAUUGAGGAAGAUAAUAUCAGAAAGCAUACUACCCCUGCAUAUAGAGCCCCUGAGAUGUGGGAUCUAUACAGAAGGGAAGUUAUCAGUGAGAAAGUAGACAUUUGGGCUCUUGGAUGCCUACUGUACAGAAUUUGCUACUUUAAAUCUGCAUUUGAUGGCGAAUCAAAGCUUCAAAUCCUUAAUGGAAAUUAUCGCAUCCCAGAUUCACCAAAGUUCAGUGCUUCUGUGACGAGUCUUAUUAAAGACAUGCUUGAAGCCUCUCCAGAUGCCAGACCAAACAUCACGCAGGCAAGGUCUUUGCUUGAUUGCCCAUUCAUCUCCAUGAAUCUAGGUAUGGUCCCGUGUUAAUGAGCUACUGCCGGCAGAGCUGCAGAAGCGCUUGCCUGGUGGUCUACAUCUGCUUUAAAUGUUGACAUAUGCCCACCUGCAGCAGAUGUGCAGGAUGAAGGAAUUCGAGAGAGGACAUCGGCAAUGCCUCAUAGGAGCCCUCCACCUCCACCACCAUCAAGAGAACACAUUCAAAGUACCUCGCAUUCAUCAGCUUCAAAGGUUGCUGGGGAUGGCGCACACUUGGGUGCGUUUUGGAACCAGCCAGCAUUGUGCAAAGAUUUGCACACUGAAGAGGAUAAGGACCAAUAUUUGACAAAGAACCAGCUAGCAAAAUGGCAUCAAGCACAAUCAAAGAAAACCUGAGAAUAGAGCUAGUCCUCAAAAGAACAGCAUCUCCAACGGAGUGUCCGUAGGAACUCUCCAGAGAGAGUUGACACUGCCCCAACUGAGGACUUUUGAAAUACGAUUUUCUCCUGGUGGCUCAGAGCAAGGUUUAGAGAAAACCAGAGCAUCUGAUCCUGAUGGUUAUAGCCAGCUUUCAGGACAAGGCAUUCAGCACAUUUGUGGCUGAGUUUGAUACCAGUAAGCACCAGUCUGCAAAUGCUGCUAGUAAUGGUUAACGAUAAGAGUAGAUUAGGGGACAAGGGUUGGAAGCAGAGUAUGCAGGCUGAAGGAAGAGCUGAAGCAAGCUAACAUGGAAAAAGAAAGAAAUAACAUCGAAAUAUGAAAAGUUGUCUGCCAUUUGCCGCUCCCAGAGGCAGGAGAUCCAGGAGCUGAAGCGUGCCCUCGCUGCAGCAAACCUCAUCACCUGCAGGCAAAGACGGUUCAAAGGCCCAGACAUCUCCUGGAAGCACGCAGUCGGAUACUCCGCCAAGGGAGAAGAUAGGAUCGGUUGUGGGAACUCCAGCAAGGUAUGUUUGCCGAUAGCCCUGCAACACCCAGCCCAGAUCCCAAGCCGUGGCAGCAUUUGCCGAAGAGCCAAAGGUGCAGGGCCACACCAAAGAGCAUUCACCCUAGAUCAGUUCGAACAGUUAGGGCAGCCAAUGGCAGCAGAGAUACUACCAAGCAAGCCGCCACCUAUUCCGCCAAUGAACCAUGGGCUUUGACAAUGAUAGUAUUCAGGGCAGUCCCUUCUGGGUCGGAGGUGCCGAGGACAUCGGUUCAAGGGAAUACUUCCACAGCGGUUCGGUGGCGGCCGUGAAAUGAAGAAGGCUGAAGCCAACCAGCCAGCUGGAUGGGCUGGUUUCUGAGGUAUCGGUACAGACGGAGAUUUUAUAGUUUACUGCUGUAAUUGUUAUAAAUAAGCUUUAUAUAUAAGUGGGGAUGAGGAUGUUGGAGGGGUGACGCAGGUGUCUGGCAUCAUUUAUCCUGUGGAUGAAAAAGGAGCAGGGAGAGGGACAUACGGCAUCUAACCUGAUUCUGGAGGGGAGUUGCCUGGCAUUGGUGGGGGCUAGAACAGACGGGAGCCGCGUUGUUCGGCUCUUUUACUCAUAUCCUGGGCCCGUCCAUUUUUCUCAUGUGUAAUGUAAUUGAAGUGGUCCUCAUAAAUGGUUCUCGUGUCAGUAUUAGUUCUCUUACAAAGCUAUCGCAGCUAUUUUCAUGUGGCACUCAUUGGCAUUUCUUUCAUAAAUAAAUUCCUUCUGCACUCUAUUGGAGUUAAAA